CCUCCACAUACAUUUUCACAACUUUCGGGAACUCAAACUCUCACUCCCUCAACAUUCAUAAAUAUUAGUUCCCAUAUCCUUUUCUAGAUAUAUACCUAGCUAGCCAUGGUGGUCGAAGGCGGCAGCGGAGGCGGCCGCAACCCCGGCUUUUUAUUACGUGUCUUAAGGGGCCAGUGGUUCAUGGUGCAUUCAGCUCUACUAGUGUUGUCGAUGGCAGGGGCCACUUACAUGUUUGGAUCAUACUCUAAGGACAUAAAAACAUCCCUAGGAUAUGACCAAACUACCCUUAAUCUCCUUAGUUUCUUUAAGGAUUUAGGGUCCAUCGCAGGGAUACCCUCAGGGCUAUUAUUGGAAGUUACCCCUCCUUGGGUGGUUCUAGUCGUUGGUGCUCUCCUCAAUUUUUUUGGUUACUUCAUGAUGUGGCUCGCCGUUACUCAUCGCAUCGCCAAGCCAGCUGUUUGGCAAAUGUGCAUGUAUAUUUGCAUAGGUGCAAACUCUCAAGCCUUUUCAAACACUGGUGCACUAGUUACUUGUGUGAAGAACUUUCCAGAAAGUCGAGGAGUGGUGUUAGGCUUAUUAAAAGGGUGUGUUGGUUUAAGUGGUGCAAUCAUAACCCAACUCUACUUUGCAUUUUAUGGUACCAAAAACUCCAAGUCACUAAUCUUACUUAUUGGUUGGCUACCAGCCGUUAUUUCAUUCGCAUUUUUACGCACCAUCCGAUUUAUGAAAGUUACUAGACACAAAAAUGAAGUUAAAAUCUUCUAUCAGUUUCUUUAUAUCUCCCUUGGCCUUGCUAGUUUUCUCAUGUUCAUGAUCAUACUUCAAAAAACUAUGACUUUCACUCAAGGUGAGUACGUAGGAAGUGGUGUCGCGGUAAUUAUUUUGUUACUUUUACCUCUUUACAUUGUGAUCAAAGAAGAGUACAAAAAGAGUAAAAAAGAAAUGGUAAAAGGUAAGGAAGAUGACAUGGGAGAUGACGUAGUUAAAAAUGUUACUAAUUCAUCGCGUCACACUUUUAGAGAGGUAGAUUCUUGUUUUCAAAACGUUUUUCGGCCUCCAGAACGAGGGGAAGAUUAUACCAUACUACAAGGGCUUCUUAAUAUCGACAUGCUCAUUCUUUUUCUUACUAUCAUAAGUGGAGUUGGCGGGACACUGACUGCAAUUGAUAAUUUGGGUCAAAUUGGGACAUCAUUCGGAUACCCGACUCGUAGCAUAAACACAUUUGUGUCCCUAGUGAGUAUAUGGAACUACUUGGGUCGGGUCGUGGCGGGUUUCUAUUCGGAGCAUUUGUUAAAGAAGUACAAAUUUCCAAGGCCUCUUUUCCUCAGUUUAACGCUCUUGUUAUCUUGUGGUGGGCACCUUUUGAUUGCUAUCAAUCUGCCUAAUGGGCUUUAUGUUGCAACCGUGAUUAUUGGGUUUUGUUAUGGGGCUCAAUGGCCUUUACUCUUUGGCAUAAUAUCUGAGAUAUAUGGGCUUAAAUACUACUCAACUUUACACAACUUUGGAACAUUAGCAAGCCCAAUUGGGGGUUAUAUUCUCAAUGUGAGAUUAACGGGCCCAUUAUAUGAUAGAGAAGCCACAAGGCAAAUGAAGGCUUUGGGCCGGGUCAGGCAAAAAGGGGAAGAGCUAAAUUGUUUUGGCACAGAAUGUUUUCGGUUAGCAUUUCUUAUAAUCACAGGAGCAACUAUUAUUAGUAUGCUUUUUUCAUUGAUUUUAGUGGUCAGAACAAGAAAGUUUUACAAGAGUGACAUUUAUAGAAAGUUUAGGGAGGCGGCAGAAGCGGCGGAGGUUGAGACGGUAGGCGGCGUUAUAGUGCCGGAGAAUGGGGUGAAGAAGUCGGAAACCAAGGUGGAAGGAGGUUAGGAGUGUUUGGUGACUGAUUUGUAACAACUACUUAUAUAUAUUGAAAUGAGUCAGUGACAUCUACAUAGUUAUGAAAAUUAUCCAAAGAAAAGAAAUGUAUAACAACUAAAUCAAAAAUAGACAUAAACAAGGAUGUUUUAGGGUAGCCUAAAUCUUAGACAUAUCACAAUAAUAUGCAUAGGACUGGCGAAUUGAGCCAAUUAUUAUUACUGUAACGGUCCAUUUGGUAGUCGUUAAUAAAUUGUAGUAAUGGGAAUGCAUUUUAAGUGUAAUUUUAUUAGGGAAGCACUCUUAAAAUAUCCAUGGCGAGGCAUUUUUUCUCUA